AUGGCGCUGGAGAGAACGGCUCGCCACCGUUACACCUUCAGACCGAGUAUAAUGCUUUAUUAUACUCAGACCGAGUAUAAUAGUCAGGGAGCAGGUACCACAGGUCAGGGAGCAGGUAUCACAGGUCGGGGAGCUGGUACCACAGGUCAGGGAGCUGGUACCACAGGUCAGGGAGCUGGUACCACAGGUCAGGGAGCAGGUAUCACAGGUCAGGGAGCUGGUACCACAGGUCAGGGAGCAGGUACCACAGGUCAGGGAGCUGGUACCACAGGUCAGGGAGCAGGUACCACAGGUCAGGGAGUAGGUAUCACAGGUCAGGGAGCUGGUACCACAGGUCAGGGAGCUGGUACCACAGGUCAGGGAGCAGGUAUCACAGGUCAGGGAGCUGGUACCACAGGUCAGGGAGCUGGUACCACAGGUCAGGGAUCUGGUACCAUAGGUCAGGGAGCUGGUACCACAGGUCAGGGAGCUGGUACCACAGGUCAGGGAGCUGGUACCACAGGUCAGGGAGCUGGUACCAUAGGUCAGGGAGCUAGUACCACAGGUCAGGGAGCUGGUACCACAGGUCAGGGAGCUGGUACCACAGGUCAGGGAGCUGGUACCACAGGUCAGGGAGCUGGUACCAUAGGUCAGAGAGCAGGUAUCACAGGUCAGGGAGCUGGUACCACAGGUCAGGGAGCUGGUACCACAGGUCAGGGAGCUGGUACCACAGGUCAGGGAGCAGGUACCAUAGGUCAGGGAGCUGGUACCACAGGUCAGGGAGCUCGUACCACAUGUCGGGGAGCUGGUACCACAGGUCAGGGAGCUCGUACCACAGGUCAGGGAGCUCGUACCACAGGUCAGGGUGCUCGUAUCACAGGUCAGGAAGCUGGUACCACAUGUCAGGGAGCUGGUACCACAGGUCAGGGAGCUGGUACCACAGGUCAGGGAGCUGGUACCACAGGUCAGGGAGCUCGUACCACAGGUCAGGGAGCUCGUACCACAGGUCAGGGAGCUCGUACCACAGGUCAGGGAGCUGGUACCACAGGUCAGGGAGCUGGUACCACAGGUCAGGGAGCUGGUACCACAGGUCAGGGAGCUGGUACCACAGGCCAGGGAGCUGGUACCACAUGUCAGGGAGCUGGUACCACAGGUCAGGGAGCUCGUACCACAGGCCAGGGAGCUGGUACCACAUGUCAGGGAGCUGGUACCACAGGUCAGGGAGCUCGUACCACAGGUCAGGGAGCUGGUACCACAGGUCAGGGAGCUCGUACCACAGGUCAGGGUGCUCGUACCACAGGUCAGGGAGCUGGUACCAUAGCUAGUCGAGUGGUAGUUAACCUGAACGUCAAAGUGAGUGGUAGUUUAUGCUGCAACUUGAAGAAUGCUGUAGAGGUGAACAACCAGCACAUGUCUGGCAACAGCAUGUCUGGCAACAACAUGUCUGGCACCAGCAUGUCUGGCAACAACAUGUCUGGCACCAGCAUGUCUGGCAACAGCAUGCCUGGCAACAGCAUGUCUGGCAACAACAUGUCUGGCAACAACAUGUCUGGCACCAGCAUGUCUGGCAACAGCAUGUCUGGCAACAACAUGUCUGGCAACAACAUGUCUGGCAACAGCAUGUCUGGCAACAGCAUGUCUGGCAACAACAUGUCUGGCAACAACAUGUCUGGCAACAGCAUGUCUGGCAACAGCAUGUCUGGCAACAGCAUGUCUGGCAUUAUAUCCAACCCUAAAUUACUCGACUAA